GAGACUUCUGGGUGAGAGCUUUCCCAAUCUAAGUUGCUUUCAUCUGGAAAUUUCUGCAGGAAAGUAAUUAAAAGAUUCAGAGAAAGAGCCAUGGGUCGACUUGAUGGAAAGGUCAUCGUUCUGACAGCUGCUGCCCAAGGAAUUGGUUGGGCAGCUGCUUUAGCUUUUGCCAAAGAAGGAGCCAAAGUCAUAGCAACAGAUAUCAAUGAAUCUAAACUUCGAGAGCUAAAUGAGUAUGCAGGCAUUCAAACUCGAGUUCUUGAUGUGACAAAAAAGGACCAAAUUGACAAGUUCUCCAAGGAAAUUGAGAGACUUGAUGUUCUUUUUAACGUUGCUGGAUUCGUCCAUCAUGGAACCAUCCUGGAAUGCGAGGAGAAAGACUGGGAUUUUACCAUGAAUCUGAAUGUCCGAAGCAUGUAUUUGAUGAUUAAAGCAUUUCUUCCUAAAAUGCUUGCCCAGAAAUCUGGCACCAUUAUCAACAUGUCUUCUGUGGCUUCUAGCAUCAAAGGUAAAUCUGCUGCCAAUUUUCAGGGAAUUCUACUUCAUCUUAUAUCAGCUACUGGUGUAUAUAGCUCACUCUCGGAAAGAGAUGUGUCCUAGAUAACAACCAUCUGCACAGAACGGAAGCUCCUCGAGAUCAGACGCCAAAUUGUUUCUGCCUAUGUAGCCCAACAUCGAAUACAAUUA